AUGGCUGAUGCAAAACCAUAUACAGAGUCAGAAUCUUUCUUUGUUGAUGCCAGUUAUUAUGACGAAUUCACCACAGGAAAUAAUGAAAGAAGCAAUAAUAAUGAAAUGGUGAAAGAUAAUACUAUCACAGCAAAAAAUGGAAUUGCAAAGAUUGCGAUGUCCAAGAAAGAGAAGGCAAAUUAUACGAUGCCGCUACCGGAAGUCGAAAGGAAGAAACCAUUCUCAGUUAUGCCCAACAGGUUCCAUGUUGAGGCCAAUAAGAAGAACCCUGAACCUAUUGAAUUCUAUGUAGCGUCAGAGGGAGAGAUACAGGCAAAGAGAGAUAAUAAGAUGAGAUCUGCGAAAUUGAUACUCGAAGAUUUGGAAAGGUACAGCUCUACUAGCAAAAGAAUAAUAAAGAAUAUGGGCUUCGAUUGUGAAGAGCCAGUUGGUUUAAACUGUGGAAAAGAGGCGACAGAAGAAGAGGAAAUUGAAAUGAUUAAAAAUUCUGAAGUAGCUCCCAAGCAAAUGGAAGAUAGGGGGCAAUCGACGAUUGAUAGCUUGCGAGAAAUAAACAUAGGGAUGAAAGAAGAACCUCAGAACAUAUUCAUAAGCGCCGGUCUUUCUGAACAGGAGGCCAACCGGGAGGUCAAGUAUCCCAAAUGGAUAUCGAAUAUCGUCUUAGUGAAAAAGAAGAGUGGACAAAUCAGAGUAUGCAUCGACUUCAGGGACUUGAAUGAAGUAUGUCCAAAGGAUGACUUCCUACUGCCAAUUACUGAGCUAUUAAUUGAUAGUACGAUGAAAUAUGUUGUCAUGUCCUUUAUGGAUGGUUACGUGGGAUAUAAUCAGAUAAGAAUGACUCCGAAAGCUGUGGAAGCCACAGCAUUCAGAACCUCAAAAUGCUGGUGUAACAGAGUCAUGCCGUUUGGUCUCAAAAAUGCUGGUGUAACAUAUCAGAGAACGAUGCAAAAUAUAUUCCAAGAUAUGAUGCACAAACAUGUCGAAUGUUAUGUAGAUGAUUUGGUGAUUAGAACAAUGACCAUGAAGAACAUUGUGAACAUCUGGUUUCAGUAUUCUGUCGUCUCAGAAAGAAGCAACUGA